AUGACUGCAGCUAUCAUCUGUAGCCAUUUCGGAGCCCAAGAAAAUAGUCUGUCAGUUUCCAUUGUUUCCCCAUCUAUUUGCCAUGAAAUGAUGGGACCAGAUGCCACGAUCUUUGUUUUUUUAAUGUUGAGUUUUAAGUCAGCUUUUUCACUCUCCUUUUUCACCUGCAUCAAGAGGCUUUUUAGUUCCUCUUCACUUUCUGCCAUAAGGAUGGUGUCAUCUGUAUAUCUGAGGUUAUUGAUAUUUCUCCCAGCAAUCCUGAUUCCAGCUUGUGCUUCAUCCAGCCUGGCAUUUCACAUGAUGUACUCUGCAUAUAAGUUAAAAAGGCAGGGUGACAAUAUACAGCCUUGA